CACGGUGUUUUACGGUAACCACCAAAGGGGCUGGUGUGACAAGCUGCCGGUCCCCCGGUUCAGUUAAAAUGUAGCCACUACGGAAGUUCAGGCGCACUUUCUUAUUAAUGACGCACUCAUGGCGUCUCUGGACUAUGAGGAAGUCACUGCGUUUCUGGGGGAAUGGGGACCGUUUCAGCUCAGCACCUUCCUCCUGCUCAGCCUCAGCAUUGUGCCAAACGGAUAUACCGGGAUGGCCAUGGUGUUUCUCGCCGACACGCCGGAAUUCCACUGCAGGUCACCGAACGUGAACACGAGUCAGGCGGAGGUUAACACCGGAGGUGCGCGCGACACCACCAACGGCUGCGUGAACAACAGCACCGAGCCGUGCGCGAGUGGCUGGGAGUACAGCACCGAGCGCUACCACGACACUAUAGUGACUGAGUGGAAUCUGGUUUGUGGAAAUGCCUGGAAGGUUCCCUUCACGCUGUCUAUCUUUUUUGUGGGAGUGCUGAGUGGGUCGUUCAUAUCCGGAGAGCUGUCUGACAGGUUUGGACGGAAGACGGUCCUGUUCGCCACCAUGGCCACUCAGCUGGUGUGCAGUCUGCUGCAGGUCGCCUCAGUCAACUGGGAGAUGUUUGCUAUUUUCUUCUGUCUUACAGGCUUCGGUCAGAACUCCAACUACAUGGCGGCUUUUGUGCUAGGCUCGGAGCUCCUGGGGCAGAAUUUGCGUCUAGCUUUUUCUGUGCUGGGUGUGUGUGUGUUUUAUGCCGUGGGUUAUGCUCUCUUACCCCUAUUUGCCUAUUAUUUGAGGAGUUGGAGGAUUUUACUCACAGCGCUGUCCCUUCCUGCACUACUCUACAUCCCCCUCUGGUGGUUUAUUCCAGAGUCUCCACGCUGGCUGUUGUCCAAAGGCCGUGUCCAGGAAGCAGAGGACAUCAUUAGAGCAGCGGCAAGGAAAAAUGGUAUCACUCCUCCUGAGGAUAUAUUUAAGGAUACAGAACUGAUUAAAUCUGAGUCUGCAAGUUCUGUCUCCUAUUCAUAUCUGGACCUUAUCAGGACUCCGAAGAUAAGGAGUGUGACUCUGCUGAACUGUGUUGUGUGGUUCACCAUCACCAUCAGCUACUUCGGCCUGUGUCUGAGCACUCCUAACAUGAACGGGGACCCGUACCUGAACUGUCUGUUCUCGGCUCUGACCGAGGUGGCGGCGAACAUCCUGACGUGGCUCCUGAUCAAGGUUGUGCCGAGGCGAGUGCUCAUUACAGGUCCACUGCUGAGCGGUGGCCUCUUCCUGCUGCUUAUCCUGGCCGUACCUCCAGAUUACGGCAGCGUGACGGUGGUCUUGGCCAUGGUGGGGAAGCUCGGAGUCACGGCAGCUUUUGCCGUCCUCUACAUCUCGACGGCGGAGCAGUUCCCCACAGUGGUGCGUGGGAUGGGGAUGGGAAUCUGCAGCAUGUGCUCCAAGAUCGGCAGCACCAUCUCUCCGUUUUUCCCCUACUUCAGUUAUUACGAUCAGACUCUGCCCUACAUCCUGAUGGGAAUACUGACACUCAUCGCCGGGCUGCUGAGUAUUCUGAUGCCAGAGACACGAGGCAUUCCCCUCCCCGAGGCCCUCUCACAAGUACAGAGUCUAAACUGGUGCUGCGGCUGGUGUAGAAAUCGUCCGAAAUCAGAAAAAUCAACGAAGCUGUGAUCCGAGGAUCCCAUUGUAGUAACAUGCACUUUCUGAUACUUGACCUUUAUAAAAAGGCUAUCACAUAUUUUACUAAGUAGGUUUACACUAACAUCGAUCAUCUGGUAAUCACUUUUUUUUUAAGCAGCGUUUUCAUUUGUCAGAUUGUAGUACGAUUUGUCAGUCGUGCUCGCCAUUAAUUCACAGAUUUGAAUAUUUCUAAAUAUAUUCAUAUCUAAUUAGGAACACGUUUAUAAAGAGUACGAAUUAAAUCCUUUUUAAACGUGUUUAUAUUUUUAUUGUGCUGGUAGAAGGAAAAAAAGAUGACAAACAGGUUUGAUCAAACGAAUCAGCACCACAAAUAAAGUCAUUUCUCUAAAAUGAACAUGACCUGGAUCUGUUUUUAGAUCCUUAUACAGCCUGUGAUUAAAAUCACACUCUGAGAUUUAUAACAGCUUCAUAAACACUGAAGAUGAACGUCUUUGUGUUGAUAUUGAGGACAUGAGCUUUCCUACAAUAAAGAUGUACCAAAUACUGAUAAA